UUCAAAACUUACAGUCCCGAAUUUACACAAAUCGAAAUAUGGUUCCGUUUCAUAUUUCUCCUCUUCACUUUCAUCGUAAUCUGCUGGUAUGCUCACACUCUGCGCAAGUAUCCUAUCUACGAUUGGUCAAUCGAACAGAAAUGGAUGUCAUUACUGCUGCCGCUGCUCCUGUUAUACGAUAACCCCUUCUUUCCAUUGAUUUUCCUAAUGAACUCUUGGUUUCCCGGCAUGUUAGAUGCUGUGCUGCAGGCCACAUUCCUAUGUUCGUUGCUGAUGUUCUGGCUUUGUAUAUAUCACGGUUUGCGUCAAAACGAAAGACGUUUUAUGCGUUUCUACCUGCCAAAGAUCAUCGUUAUACUACCAAUAUGGUUGUGUGCUAUUGUCUUAGCUACAUGGGAGAAAUGCAAUGAACUGCGCGAUCCCACCUACAGCCACUUUGUGGACACGCGAAAUUACAAUGGUUUCAAGUUGUUCUUCUACAUUGCUGGCUGUAUGUACAUACUAUAUCUAGCCUUAUUAGUCUUACGCGCUUAUACUGAGCUCAGAUCGAUGCCUUACUUUGAUAUGCGUUUGAAAUUCUUGACGCUUUUAAUGCUCUUCGUCAUCUCCAUAACUAUAAUAGUCACAACACGUCGCUUUGGCUUCGGCAUAUUAGAGGACAAUUUCGUGGCCACACUCAAUACCACCUAUCAUAGCUCGGCGCAGUUUAUGUGUUUCUAUGGUCUUCUGAAUUUUUAUCUAUUUACCAUGGCAUAUGUAUACUCCCCAAAUGGACGAUUUUCUCAAGAGAUCUCUGUUACCAAAGAUAAUCCCGCAUUUUCGAUGAUAAACGACUCUGAUGAAGAAGUUGUAUAUGGCUCCGAGGACGAGUCACGUCGUCCUCUCACUGUUGGUAACAAAAAUGAUUAUGACAGCGAUUAAAACAGCAUAUUUUCUUAAUUUGCUAUAUUUACUACAUAUAUAAAACUAGACAGUCUUAGCAAACAAUAAUUUAUUGGUAGUCAAAGAUAUAAGAAUAACUUCGAUUUUAUAUACCGUUAGUAUCUUUAACUUUUUUCGUAUCAGUUGUUUGCUAUGCACAAAAUAAUAUUUUUUCAUAUCUAUCAUUUAACUACUUUUGUAGUAUGUUUAAUUUCCAAUUAGUUAGUCUUUUCAGCUAGGCGUUAAAAUUUGAAUUUCGUAUAUGAACUAUCUCCCUCCCCCCUUUUACUUUGUAUUUUCCAAUUAAAAUUUAACUGUAUUUUUAAACUCGCUACAACAAGAGUAUUCGAAAUAGCCCUUUAGUUCGCUUUCAAAUGCACACUCAUAAAAAAUCGAAACCAAUGCAAUUUUUCUUAUCUUUAAAUAAGUCUGUUUUAUUCAUAUGUAUAUAUAUAUAUAUGUACGUUUACAUAUCGAUGGUCCUCUGCAAUAACGACACAAUUCAAAAUUCAAAAAUUAAAAACUUGUUACUGUUAAGCUGCUAACGUCUCUAAUCCCCUUGUCUUAUCCUUACUAAUUACAGCAGCAAUCGGAAAAGGAUUAGGGAGAGUUUUUUAUUUUUUCAAUUUUGAAUUGUGUCGUUAUUGCAGA